AUAUAAGCCAGCGCGGUGAGAACAGUGCGCUAACUGUGUGGACUGCACCGGGUAACAGCGGCUGAGCUCAGCUGAACAGAUCUUAGCUGAGAAGGGCAAACUCUUCGAAAGGGCGUCGGCGGGACAAUGGAGAUCGGAUUCACAUAUGAAGAUUAUCAGACCACUGCCAAAUGGCUUCUGUCUCACACCAAGCACCGACCUCAAGUGGCAGUGAUCUGUGGUUCUGGGUUAGGAGGUCUGACUGAUAGAUUAACUCAGACCCAGAUCUUUGACUACAAGGAGAUACCAAACUUUCCUAGAAGUACAGUGCCAGGUCAUGCUGGUCGACUGGUGUUUGGGUUCUUGAAUGGCAGAGCCUGUGUGAUGAUGCAGGGCAGGUUCCACCUGUAUGAAGGCUACCCACUCUGGAAGGUGACAUUCCCUGUGAGGGUUUUCCAGCUUCUGGGUGUGGACACCCUAAUGGUCACUAAUGCAGCUGGAGGGCUCAACCCCAAGUUUGAAGUUGGAGAUAUCAUGUUGAUCCGCGAUCACAUCAACCUACCUGGUCUCUGUGGUGAGAACCCUCUCCGAGGGCCCAAUGAGGAAAGGUUUGGAGUUCGUUUCCCUGCGAUGUCUGAUGCGUACGACCGGGAUAUGAGGCGGAAGGCUCACAGUACCUGGAAACAAAUGGGGGAGCAGAGAGAGUUACAGGAAGGCACCUAUGUGAUGGUGGCGGGCCCCAGCUUUGAGACUGUGGCAGAGUGUCGUCUGCUGCAGAAGCUGGGGGCGGAUGCCGUUGGCAUGAGCACAGUACCAGAAGUGAUCGUCGCAAGGCACUGCGGACUGCGGGUCUUUGGUUUCUCCCUCAUCACGAACAAGGCCAUCUUAGAUUAUGAAAACCAGGAGAAGGCUAAUCACGAGGAAGUCCUAGAGGCCGGGAAACAAGCGGCACAGAAACUGGAACAGUUUGUCUCCAUUCUUGUGGCCAGUAUUCCGCUGCCUGGCAAGGCCAGUUAACUGGCCCUGGAGUGGUCUGGCCUCUCUCUUAUGGGAGCCAAGAAACUGCUACCUACUUCAGCCUCUUUCUGGGGUCACGUGCCUCUGCCUUGAGGUGGUGGCAGAAAGAAGAGGAGGCUCCCCAUUCGUCACCUUCCCUACUUCUCUCCCAGCAGAACUUUCUAGUGCUGGGUCUUCUUUUGCUCAGUUGUCAUCUCAAAUAAUUUCCACCCCUAUUUGUCCACAUGAGCUGGAGCCCAAGCCCUACCACACACUUGGGGACACGCCCAGGAUUUGACUUGAGCCGUUGAACUCUGCGCAGUAACUACUACUAGCUCUUCGGAAAUGAACCUCUCACAUUCCUGGGGGCUCGGUUCUGCCUCCCCAAAGCACUGGAGACCACACAAGGGACAGCCCAUUCCUUUUGGAUGUUUAUACUUAACAUAUUUGUAGAAUAAAAAGAAAGAUGAAAUAA